AUGGCCGAGGAAUCACGACACUUCGAGACCCUGGCUGCCGAACUGAUUCAAGGUCUAGAGACGGAUCUUUCAAAAAAGGAGUUCUACACCGCCCUUCUGUCUGCCAGAGACCCAAUGAGCAAGCAGGGAUAUUCUAAAUCAGACAUUAGGAAAGAGCUCAAGUCUCUCACCCGAUCUGGUGGUGAUACCAUGUCCGUUACGAUUGCGAGCACACUUCAUUGGCUCUCCAUUGAUCGGGAAUGGCAAGACUCCGUCGCGCAAGAGGUUCGGGACAAUUUUAGCGCUUACGAAGACAUCGUUCCCGGCGAAAAGCUGGACAAUUGCACCCGAUUGUUCCAAGUGAUCAAUGAAUCCUUGCGACUUGAUUCGCCGAUCCUAGGCUGUCCAUGGAGACUUCUCACUGAAGAUGUCAUCAUUGAUGGACACCUGGUCCCACGUGGGUAUGAGGUUGGUGUGUGCCAUUACGCCAUGCAUCGCUCUGCCAAACAUUUCGACCAGCCUUCCAGGUUCGAUCCUCGGCGAUUUCCGGACACGAGAGGACUCCAACCUCCUCAGGGUCCAGGGGGAUUUUACCCAUUUUCCUUGGGACGGAGGGCAUGUCCUGCCAAAGAACUUGUGGAGAGGGCUCUUACCGUCUGUUUAGCACGGACCAUCUGGCUGGCCAAAGUUCGACUUGCUCUGGUCAAUGAGCCAUCGCCAUUGGCCAGCAACGGAGAGGAACAUGACGGAACUUCCUAUGAGUUGAGAGAUUGUUUCACCGCAGAAAAGUUCGGCCCCGUUCUUGAGUUUCAACGACGUGAGAGCACCCGUCUCCCAUGGGAAUGA